AUGCACCAUUCCCAGCUGGCGCCUCUGCCGAACGAUCUUCCCUUUCGGAUCGUGUCGAAGACGAUCGGUCAAGGCGCUUACGCAUGUAUCAAAAAGGCGUGCCCCCUCCAAUCCGAUAACCCCGUGUUCGCCGUCAAAUUCAUCCAUAAAGAGUAUGCUUCGCGGCAUAGCAAGAUCACCCCGCGUCAGAUGCAGCUGGAGGCGACGGUGCACAAGCAUAUCGGUCAGCACAAUAAUAUUAUCUCCUUCUUCCAGACCGGGGAGGACUCUACCUGGCGAUGGAUUGCAAUGGAGCUAGCCGAGGGCGGGGAUCUCUUCGAUAAGAUCGAAGCAGACGAGGGUGUCGGCGAGGACGUUGCGCAUGUGUACUUUUCCCAGCUCGUCAGUGCCGUGGGGUACAUGCAUUCAAAGGGCGUUGGCCAUCGCGAUAUCAAACCGGAGAAUAUCCUGCUGUCAUCCGACGGUAACCUCAAGAUUGCCGACUUUGGCCUCGCCGCCCUGUUUGAGUACAAGGGGGUGACAAAGCUCUCGACGACCUUCUGCGGGAGUCCCCCCUACAUCGCUCCAGAGGUAAUCUCGUGCAGUACGCGAGGCCAGAUCAAGGGUACGGGCUAUCGUCCUGAUCUGGUGGACAUCUGGUCCUGCGGUAUCGUGCUCUUUGUCCUGCUAGCCGGCAACACCCCCUGGGACAGUCCCACCAACAACAGUUACGAGUAUCAUGAAUAUGUUUCCACCAACGCACGCACGACGGACGAGUUAUGGCAGAAGCUGCCGACGGCAACGUUGUCGCUGCUGAGAGGGAUGCUCAAAGUCGACCCCGCUACACGCUUCUCCCUCGAGGAUGUACGCCGCCACCCCUGGUUCACUCGACAGAACAAGUACCUCUCGCUCGACGGCCGACUGCGAGACCCCAUUAAUCUCGCCACCACCAUGUUCGAAUCGCUGCAUAUUGACUUCAGCCAAGAUCCCCUGUCCCGGUCACGCCACGGAACCGGCAGUUGGGGCUCGGAUGCGAUGAGCCUCGACCCAGCCGAAGACGCAGGGUCGCGACUGUCCUCCACUCAGCCUGAAAUGGCAGGCAACGACAUGCUGGUCGAUUGGGACACAUAUCAUGUGUCGUCCGAGUAUCAUUCCUCCACCCAGCCGAUGGGAAAGCCCCUUGUGGCCCAUCAAUCCCUGCUGGCAGAGUCUCUCGAAGACGAACCGUCCAUGUCCCAAUUCUCCCCGCAUCCAUCCGUACCGUUGAGUCGCACGCAAAAGGCACAGCGAUUCCAGGACAUUGUGCCCUCUCGACCGAUGACCCGCUUCUUUUCCAUCUGGGAACUCAAGCUGCUGGUUCCUCUCGUCUGCGAAGCCCUGCACCGGCUAGGCGUCCCUGUACCGUCAGUCCCUGUCGUGCUGGCGGGAGACACCUCGUCCACCAUCCGCGUGCUCACCAAGGACGGGCGCCUGUGUACGCUGCAUGGCAAGGUGGUCAUCGAGUGCGUGUCCGAGGGUCUCUUCGAGAUCGAGUUCUUGAAGACCAAGGGGGAUCCGUUGGAGUGGAGGCGCUUUUUCAAAAAGGUCGCCAUCCUCUGCAAAGAGGCUAUCUACAAACCGAGCUAG